AUGAAAGACUCAUCAGCAAUUCCACAAAACUUUCCUCUUGGCAGUGAGGCUCGUAAAGAAAAACUUCAGGCACAUCUCCGUUCUUACAAUAAAAGCACAAAAUUACUAGUUCGCUGCAUAAGCGACCAAGAAAAAUCCACAGAAGCAGCGUUACGUGUGUGCUGGACGCUUAAUAAACACCAGAAACCAUUUUCGGAUUCAGAGAUAGAGAAGGAAUGUAUGUUGGCAGCAGUCACGGCACUUUUUGAAGAAAAAAAAGAGAUGUUGUCGCUGGAAUUCAAAAUAUUCCAUUAUCAGCAAGAAGCAAUAGGCGAAGAACUGAAAUUUUAG